AGAUAAAAUGGCGGACGAGCUUCUUUGACGACUGCGAAGUUCCCUCAAAAAACACUAUAAUUUGUCUUCUUUUGGGACUCAAACUAUUUUACUUUCUGGUGAAAAGUCUUUUGGAAAGAGAAGAUGUUUAUUUACUUAAGCAAAAAGAUUGCUAUUCCCAAUAACACCAAGCUAAGAUGUCUAGCGUGGAAUAAAGARCAAGGAUACAUCGCCUGUGGUGGCGAUGACGGCUUACUUAAAGUUCUUAAGCUGGAAAUGCAGCAAGGAAAGGAUAGCAAGGUUAGGGGUUUAGCUGCACCCAGUAAUCUAUCAAUGAAUCAAACACUGGAUGGMCAUACUGAAUCAGUGCAAGUAGURACAUGGAAUGAACAGUUUCAGAAGCUCACAACCAGUGAUCAAUAUGGAUUGAUUAUYGUAUGGAUUCUAUAUAAAGGAUCUUGGUAUGAAGAAAUGAUCAACAACAGGAAYAGAAGUGUUGUGAGAGAUAUGAAAUGGAAUGCUGAUGGACAGAAAAUAUGUAUUGUUUAUGAAGAUGGUGCAGUUAUUGUUGGGUCAGUCGAUGGUAACAGGAUCUGGGGGAAAGAACUCAAGGGUGUUCAACUAGCACAUGUAGAGUGGUCCCCUGAUGGCAAGAAUAUCAUCUUUGGUAUGGCUAAUGGAGAGGUCCAGAUAUUUGAUAACCAAGGAAACUUUUGUACUAAAAUGUCCAUAUUCUGUCUUACAAAUGUGACUGGUGCAAUAAGGAUUGCUGGUAUUGACUGGUAUAGCAAUGCAGACUCUGCAAUAGACUCCAAUACUCCAUGUCUUGCUAUCUGUUUUGAUAAUGGACGAAUGCAGAUCAUGAGGCAUGAACUGGAUGAAAUGCCAGUUUUGAUUGACACAUCAAUGAGUGUUGCUAAGAUACAGUGGAAUAGUUUUGGUUCAGUUCUGGCUGUAGCAGGAUCACAGAGGGCUAUUGGACAGGACAAAGAUGUCAAUGUAGUUCAGUUUUACACACCUGAAGGGGAGCAUUUGCGCACACUCAAGGUUCCUGGAAAAGAAAUCACUUCAGCUUGCUGGGAAGGUGGUAGUUUACGGAUAGCACUGGCUGUUGAUUCCUUUAUUUACUUUGCUAACAUCAGACCAAACUACAAGUGGGGCUUUUUCUCCAACACAGUUGUGUAUGCAUUCAGUAAACCUGACAGACUUGAACAGUGUGUAGUUUUCUGGGACACUAAAAAUGGAGAGAAAUUUGUCAAGUAUGUGCGUAACCUGCUGUCCAUCACGGCAUGUGGUGACUAUUGUGUGCUAGCAACUAAGACUGAUGAUGCUACUGCUCAGUAUGUUCUUGUUCUCUGCAAUGCAAUUGGUACACCACUGGAUUCUAAGUACAUUGAAAUAGAACCAUUGUUUGUUGCUAUGACAAAGAGUUAUGUUAUCGCUGCAUCCAAAGAAGCAUUUUACACUUGGCAAUACCGCAGUCCUAAAAAACUCACAUCACAUGAAAUACAAGGAUCACGACGGAAAGAUGUCAGAGAAAGUGAGGGUUCAGAUGGCUACACCAGCCUUAGGAUGUUUCAUAUUGAUGAUGUGCCGUCAGGAGCAGGUGAAGGAAUCAAAGAUAUCAAGAAGGCUCUUGCUCCAACACGUGAUUCAGUGUGCUGUGUGUGUGCAUCAGACAAAAUGAUUAUUGUGGGUCGUGAAUCAGGCACCAUCCAUCGAUACUCRUUACCAAAACAUGCCCUUGAAAUGAAGCAUGUUAUCAACACUCGCCCUCAUCAGCUGUCACUCAACUGUAACUCAUCGCGUCUUGCUAUCAUAGAUAUCUCGGGUAUCUUGACUUUCUUUGAUUUGGAAGCACGUCGAAUUGACCCGACAAGAAAUGAAACUGUGAUCGGCGAAGCCUUGAAAUUUGAACGCAAAGACGUCUGGGAUAUGAAAUGGGCCGAUGAUAAUAACGAGUUGUUUGCUAUGAUGGAAAAGACUCGAAUGUACAUYUUUAGAAACUUGGAUCCUGAGGAGCCCAUUCUAAGCUCAGGAUACAUAUGUCAGUUCAACGAUCUGGAAGUUAAAGCCGUCUUGCUUGAUGAAAUAAUGAAGGAUCCUGAUCAUCCGACCAAAGAAAACAUGAUUGACCUCGAAGUGAAGUCUUUAAGAGAUGCACGUGAUCUACUAGAGAAGGUUGGAAUACCGGAUGCGUAUCAAUUCAUUGAAGACAACCCUCAUCCCAGGCUAUGGCGUCUGCUUGCUGAAUCAUCCUUGGAGAGACUGGAACURGAGGUAGCUGACAAAGCGUUUGUUCGAUGUUCGGAUUAUCAAGGCAUUCGGUUUGUGAAAAGACUGACUAAACUAGACGACGAGAGUAAAAAGAGAGCGGAAGUUGCUGCGUAUUUUAAACGGUUUGAAGARGCAGAGCGUUUGUACCUGGAGAUGGACCGAAGGGAUUUGGCCGUUGAGCUGCGCUUAAAACUUGGGGACUGGUUCCGUGUUGUGCAACUUCUGAAAACAGGUGGAGCAGGAGGAGAUGACCAACUUCUUGAACAGGCCUGGAAUGCUAUCGGUGAUUAUUACGCUGACCGACAGAAGUGGCAGAAYGCCGUUACGUACUAUGUUCAAGGACGAAACCAAGAGAGAUUGGCUGAGUGUUAUUACAUGUUAGAAGACUAUAACGGUCUAGAGUCGAUGACAAAUAGUCUGCCUGAAAACCAUAAACUCUUGUCUGAAAUUGCUGAAAUGUUUAAGACGGUUGGCAUGUGUGAACAAGCUGUCUUAGCUUUCUCAAAGACCAAUAAAAUCAAGGAAGCAAUCGACUGCUGUGUUCACCUCAACCAGUGGGACCAGGCCAUCGCGUUAGCCAAAGAACACAACAUAAAAGAGAUAGAUAAACUACUUGCCAAGUACGCAUCACAUCUACUGGAGAAGAACAAUAUAUUGAGUGCAAUUGAACUCUAYCGUAAAGCCAAUCAUUUUAUAGAUGCAGCAAAGCUUCUCUUCAAGCUUGCUAAAGAAACAACAAACCCAARGACGAAUCCUUUACGAGGGAAAAAGCUAUAUGUCCUCGCAGCUUUGCUGAUCGAAGAGUAUCAUGAGCAUGUCAAGAACACGAGCAGGAAGACCGCUGGUGGCGGCGACAAACGCAAAACUCGAGAGGCGACCACAGCACUGGAAGGACUACUUGAAGAAGAYGCCAUUGCAACUGAAGAGAGUAAACUGAUUGACAACGCCUGGAGAGGUGCUGAGGCGUAUCAUUUCUUUUUACUGGCUCAAAAGCAGCUUUACGAGGGCUAUCUAGAGGCCAGCAUGAAAACGGCGCUACACCUUCGUGAGUAUGAAGAUGUCAUGGACGCGUCGUGUAUCUUUUCAUUGCUCGCUCUUGUUAGCUGUGCAAAUCGAUCGUUUGGUACUUGUUCCAAGGCGUUUAUUAAGCUAGAGCUUCUAGAUGACAUCUCAGACGAGCAACGACAAGCUUAUGAAAAUCUUGCGCUAGAGAUAUUUACCAAACAUUCUCCGAAGGAUUCUCGUGGUAACAAGGUCGAAUGCACAAACUGCGAAACAAUGAUACCUGAUUGGAGYCAAGUAUGUCCUAACUGUGAUACCAAGUUCCCUACGUGUGUCGUUACUGGUCGACCWUUAAUGGACUAUCAGUUCUGGAUGUGCAGUAAAUGUAAGCACAGAGCUUACGAACAAGAAAUCGCUUCUCUUAACUUCUGCCCUCUCUGUCAUUGUUCUAUCUAAAGACUUAGAUCCUUGUAAUAUAUGGAUAUAGAAAACUGGACGUGGUACAUACACUUUGGGAUUCCUUUGUCAUUCAAAACGAUACACUUCUGAGAUAUAUGUGAUAUAGAAAGUAUUAUAACAGGCAGUUAUAUUUCAUUACGUUGUAUUUAAUGUACUAUAAUUAGAUGUGAAAAGAAACAAAGAAAAAACAUUAUACACCAACUUCACGUACCUAUUGCACCUGUAACUAAAACAACUGUAUUUCAUAAAGACGAUUUAUGGUUAUGUGUAAGUCUAGAAGGAAAAUGAUUAUGUAUAGAAUCAUAGCGACUCUUACUGUCCUUUUACAAAACGUGACGCCAAGUGUGUGUCAAUUUACCCAUGCUCCCUUUCGGGUGAGAAGCGACMAAAGAAAAGCCUARGCUCAUCCAUUCUAUCAAAUUGCAAUGUAAUAUGUGAUAAGAAAGGAUCUUAAGCCAUUUCUAGGGAUUUUAGAGCAGCAAACCUGUGUAUAUGUAUGGUUAAGCAUCGUGUACAGUAGCAAUAAGUGUUGUACGAUAAGUAUUUAUAAAUACAUUAAUUAUUAAACGUUGCGCGUCUAAUAAACUUUGUAAAAAUCUUAUAAUAAAUACAUGCAAUACUGUGAAA